AUGUCACAGAUCGCACGUCCCACCGCCAUGGCUUCCGAUCCCGAUCUGUCCGACACGAACGCCAAGAGCAAGACGCCUUCCACGGCUUCUUCGUCACACCAAAAUAACACGCUCUCGGUUGCCUCGCGACGUGGGCGCUACGAUGCUUCCGGUCGCAAACGCAAGAAGCUGCGCUCUCAGUACCCCCGAGGGUCGACGGAGAACCAUGUCGAGUACAUCCUCGUGGCCUCCUUCGACAUCGACCGCGGCCCGGUCAUGGAACAUCAGUACCCUGUUGCCAUCACGGGUGACGAGCACAUGCUGGCCGAGCUCAUGCUUCCGGACCAGGCUCACGUCAGAAACCAGGACUGGACCAUAUUCUUCCUGCACAAGGAUCCCAGCCAAGAGGAGGAGGAAGCAGAGCGCCGCGCAAGGGAAGAGAGGCGAGCCCGGCGUGCUCGCAGGCGCGAUAGGGCCAAGGGCAUAAUACACGAAUCCGAUGACGAGGCCGAUGGUACCGGGUUGGAUGAUGAUGACUGGGACGACGACUCGAGUGACUCGGAGCCAGAGAUAAACGAGGGACCACCGCUGAUCUAUGUGCUCAACCUUGUCAACACAAAACAGGACAAGACGGUUAAGCGAGGCGCCAUACCCCUAUUACUCCUUGCCCUGGAAGAGUACUUCAAAGCCCCGGUACCUGAGACCUUGGCCAUGCUCUACAAUGCUGUGAACGAGAUGGAUCUGUCUCUGAUGCCGAAGCUCAGCUACCUCGAGAGACACCUCCUCCAAGUAAGCGAUAACAAGGAUCUCUUCGUCGAAAAGUUCGAGCAAAUGAUCCAAGAACGCAUCGCCGAGGAGCAAGGAGAGGACCUUGCCGACCAGCCGCUGGAUGCCAGCAGGGAGCCACCAAAACGGCCCAGCAUCUUCCGGUCCGGGACGAAGCAGCACAUCGAGGGUCACUCGGCAUACGCUGUCCCUCGAGACACCCACGAGUUCGAGAGCAAAGUCGUGUACAAAGGCAUCCCUAUCCCGAUCAAAGUCCCUGUGGCCGUCAUGCCUGAGACUGUGGGAGACUUUUCCCUGAUCAAGCUCAUCCAAAACUUCUCCGAGCCACACGCGAAGAACCCUCAGACUUUCCCCCUACAUCCUCAUCUGACGACCAAUGGCCCUAACACGCACCCGAUCAUUGUCCUAGUCAACGCGCUUCUCACAGAGAAGCGCAUCAUCUUCCUAGGCCAUAACAUGCCAUCAGGGGAGGUCGCCGAGGCUGUGCUCGCUGCAUGCGCUCUUGCUUCGGGUGGCAUCCUUAGGGGCUUCACACGCCAUGCCUUCCCCUAUACCGAUCUGACCAAGAUCGAUGAUCUGCUCAAGGUGCCCGGGUUCAUCGCUGGCGUGACAAACCCAACCUUCGAGCAUCACCCGGAAUGGUGGGACUUGCUGUGUGACCUGCCCAGCGGCAAGAUCAAGAUCAGCAGCAAGAUCGAAGCAGCACCCAUCACGGAAGGGUUGGUCUAUUUCCAGCAGCAGAAUCCUGCUUAUGCGAACCUGGUCGGCGGCGGGGCGGCCGCAAACAAUGACCUGACGGGCGAUGCGGCCUUCAUGGCUGAUAUUCUGCGUAGCAUUGCUUCGCGUGCCGGCGAGCGCGUAAUCCGGGCCAAGUGGAGAGGAUGGAUACAGAAGUUUACUCGUAUUGCUGCUGCUUUUGAGGAGUCUGUGUUUGGCACUAGUGCCUUGCACAUCACCAGCGACGACCCCGAGGCAGCCACGCUGGCGCAGUACGGGCAUGGUUAUGUCUGGGCCGACGAGGCGACCAAGGUGAGGGAGCUCGCGGGCAACGUCACACGGAUUGAGGCGUGGAGGAACACGAGGAGUUACUACAGCUACAUCCAGGACGUCGCCCAAUCCUACACACUCCGCCCCCUCAAAGGUCUCGACCUAGCCCACCUCCACGACCGGCUGCGCACGCAGCGCCUUACCCCCCAGCAGAGCCGCGAGAUCUACGACGCGCUAUGCAAGUACGUGCGCUCAUACGACGAGAUUUGCCUGCUACUGAGCGUCGCGCCCGAGUCGCAGGCCGGCCUGUUCUACGUGGCGCUGGGCCUGUUCCACAAGGACCGCGACGUGCGCUUCCGUACCGCCGACCUGCUCGAGCGCAUUGCUGAGCAUGAGGCCGGGCAGCAUUGGUGGCGGGCGUUGAGCAGGUUUGAGAAGUUGGCGUAUAUGCGGAUUAAGCGUGAGGCGGAAGCUGAGGCGAGGGCCAAGGCGAUGCAGGAACGGGAAGGCGGGUUUGGAAUUGGGAGUCCGACGGAUAAUAGGAGGGCGAGUUAA